AUGCGGCCCGACAAUCAAGUGCUUCUUUCUCCUCACAUCGAGGGAUCGGAACACAGAAUCAAACCGAGAGACGGGCAAGACGCCUUUUUGAUCGAUCUCUUCCGGUACGGCAAUUUUACGCUUUGGAGCAGCCGACACUGUGACGAAAGUACGUACGGGUCUGGACAUGAGGUCGGAAGGAUUGAAAUUGAAGCGCAAGCAGCUGAUAUCUUCGUCAUUCUCACCGGCCUUGCUCACAAGAUUUAUUAUGCACGCCCUUCACAGAUAUUCGCACUCCUGACCCUGAACGAUGCCCAUUAG